AUGGUGACUGAGUUUCUCCUCAUGGGAUUUGCUGAUAGGGAGAAGGUUCCUUCACAUGAUGUUGUUCCUAUACUGAUGUACUUGGCCACCUUGUUAGGGAAUCUUCUCAUCGUCUCUACCACCACUCUGGACCAGAACCUUCACACUCCCAUGUACUUCCUCCUCAGGAAACUGCCCAUCUUAGACAUGUGCUACAUUUCUGUCACUGUCCCCGAUUCCUGUGUCAACUCCUUCACUGACAACAGGGCCAUUUCACUUGCUGGUUGUGCAGCUCAGAUAUUCUUUGUCAUUUAUUAUGCAUUUGUAGAGUUUCUCUUCCCCACCAUCGUGGCCCAUGACCGCUAUGUGGCCAUCUACCAGCCCCUCCACUACCCCAUCAUCAUGAACCACCAGUUCUGUGUCUGGACAACACUGGUCUCCCUGCUCAGUGGUCUCAUCUAUGCAGCUGUGCACACAGGGAACAUAUUCCGGCUGUCCUUCUGUCAGUCCAACAUGGUCCACCAGUUCUUCUGUGACAUCCCCUUUCUGCUGAGCCUCUCCUGCUCAGACACCUUCAGCAAUUUCCUCUUAUUAUCUCUGCCACUGUGGUCUGUGGUGGCUGCUUUUUUUAAUCAUCAUGUCAUACAUUCACAUAUUUUCCACUGUGCAGAAGUUUCCAACCAGAGAGCGAGGCAAAGCCUUUUCCACGUGUGUCCCUCACAUCCUGGUGGUGUCUGUCUUCCUCAUCACUGUCACCUAUGUGUCCCUGAAACCUUCAGUAACAUCUGA